UGCAAGUCCCUGGACAGAGCCAGAGAGAGAGAAGGAGAGAAAGAGGAAAGAAAAACAAGGCAACGUUCAUCUACUUCUACCUUCCAAACUUAAAAAUGCAGCGGCAGUGGAUGAUGGGAGGACUCGUGUUGGUCCUGCUGGUUCUCUCAGCAAUGGCAGUGGAUGCUGGAAAGGCAGAGAAACUAGGCAAGAAGGAGCGCAAGUCAGACUGUGGGGAGUGGCAGUGGAGUGUCUGUGUGGCGAAUGUUGGCGACUGUGGCCUGGGAACAAGAGAAGGAACCCGCACAGGGAAUGAGUGCAAGCAAACCAUCAAGACCCAGAGAUGCAAGAUCCCCUGCAACUGGAAGAAGCAGUUUGGAGGUGAAUGCAAGUAUGACUUCCAGGCUUGGGGGGAGUGUGACCUGUCCACUGGCAAAAAGGCCCGCACUGGAACCCUGAAGAGAGCCCUGCUGGACGCUACCUGCCCUGAAACUGUCAGUGUGACCAAGCCCUGUGGAAAAACUGGCAAGACGAAACCACAAGAUUCUAAGAAGCCAAAACAUGAGGGAAAGAAGAAGGACCGGACCCCUGUGGAAUAAUGUAGCCUUGAAGAUGGGGAGGGAGCCUCUGGAUGUCUACUGUAAACCUUUCUCAGUGACCCCCAGUUUGUAACUGGUUUCCUACCUGUGAUAAUGUAUGUCCACUGUUCAGAGAAACUGUUCAGAGAGACUCUUAAAAACAAAACAAAAAAAAAGAAAAAAAUAUAUAGUUUUUUUUUUUUGUUCUUAAAUAGAAAAUUAACGUAUAUUAUGGGGAAAAAAAGACAAGGUAAAAAAAAGGACUUGCCUACCUAACUUGUUGUUGUGUUUUUAUUUGAUUAUUUAAAUGGGUGAAAUGUGUGCUUUUAAAAAUG